AUGUGUCUUGCACCCAAAGCUGAGACCCCAGCCCUGGCCAGCCCUGGGAAGCCUGGGGCUGGGGAAGCCCAGGAGGAGGAGGGGUGAGGCGAGGGACACACCCCAGGGCCACUGGCAGCGACGCUGGAGCAGGCCCAGGAGCUGUUUCUGCUGUGCGACAAGGAGGCCAAGGGCUUUAUCACCCGCCACGACCUGCAGCUGAGCCCCCAGCCCCAAGAGGCCGCCCGCCCCAGGGCUGACCUUCGCUACUCAGCCUUGCCAUCCUUGCCCGGCCAAGGCCUGCAGAGCGACCUGCCCCUCACGCCCGAACAGCUGGAGGCUGUGUUCAAAUGUCUGGACCAGGCGCACACCGGCUUCCUCACGGCUCGGGAGUUCUGCCUUGGCCUGGGGAAGUUGGUGGGUGUGGAGUCCGUCCCGGGUGCCCUGCCCUCCCCGGUUCCAGAGGAAACCUUCGAGGCGGGCUGGUCGGAUGUGCAAGGCACCGGGGGCUCCCUGGAGGAGAAGGACGAGGAAGACGAGGAGGAGGAGAGAUUCUGCUCUGCUCUGGAGCAGCUGGGGGUGGCCCGGGUCCUGGGCGAGCAGCGGGCAAUUCAGACGCUCUGGACCCGGCUGCAACGUGAGCGACCCGAACUGCUGGGCUCCUUCGAGGACGUUCUGAUGCGAGCGUCGGCCUGCCUGGAGGAAGCGGCCCGAGAGCGGGAGGGCCUGGAGCAGGAGCCGCGGCGGCGGGAGAGCGAGCACGAGAGGGUGGUGCGGUGUCUGUACCAAGAGAUCGAGCAACAGCCUCGCGAGCAGCGCCAGCGCCUGCGCAGUCAGGUGGUCCCGCAGCGCCGCCCCGCGCCCGGCCCAAGCUGGGACGCGCGGGUGUCCCCGGCCCCGCCUUCUCCGAAGCGGACCCACCCGCGCUAGAGAUUUCAGAGCAACAUCCCUCAAGAAGAUCAGCCAGCCACCGGUGUCAAGUUUGCUGCUAUGAACCUCUUAUAUGCUG